AUGCGCGAGACGUACCCGGUGCCGGGCGAAGUCUAUCGCUACGGGACGGAAGAGCAGGAAGGCCGGUUCACCUUCGUCCUGGAAGACGACGGGCCGGCGGGGUUGGCCGCCGCAAUCACGCUCAGCAUCCAGUCUUCGCAGACCGGAGACGGGCUGUGUCGCACCGAAUCGGGCCGGACGCGCCCCUUCGCUUGGGCUUGGGUGGGCGCGGAGUUGCACCUGUGGCUGGAUGGCGACCUGUUCGUGUUCCAACGUCCGGAGACCCGACGGCGCGGCAACAACAAUGCCACCGAGGCGUCCGGGGACAUUCUGGCUCCCAUGCCCGGCGCGGUGUUGGAAGUGCUGGUCGCCGAGGGAGACCGGGUGGAGCAGAACCAGACCGUGGCGCUGAUGGAGUCCAUGAAAAUGGAGCUGGUGAUCACGGCGCCCCGGUCCGGCGUGGUGCGUCGCGUGUCGGUGCAGCCGGGCCAACAGGUGGACCGGGGUAUGCGCCUCCUGGAGCUGGGUCCCGAGAUCGAUGCGGAGGGUGAUGGCGGAGGGUGA